AUCCCAUCUUGUGACAUAGAUCAUAACCACAAUGAGUACUACCAAAUCAGAAGAAUCUAUAACUGCGGUAGAUUACAUACAUAACCAAGAAGAACUUGAAAAAGAAGCUAGACAAUUGAUGCCAUUUGAGCCAGAUGAGUGUACAUAUAUUAAAGGAGAAUUAAGACAACCAGUAUUUGCAUGUCUAACAUGUUCUAAACAAAAUAAUAAUACCCCAAUUGGAAUAUGUUAUUCAUGUUCAAUUCAAUGUCAUUCUACUCAUGAACUUGUGGAAUUAUUUAGUAAACGAAACUUUGUAUGUGAUUGUGGAACUGAAAGAAUGAAAAAUACUGUCAAUGGAGCUUGUAAAUUAAGAUCAAGUAUAACAAAUGAAAAACCUCGUAGUAGAUCUUCAUCAGGAGUAUUUAAAAGAUCACUUGAACUUCCUGCUGAUGAUAUACCGGCUCUGUCUAAUGAAUAUAAUCAAAAUUAUCAAGGAUUAUUUUGUUCAUGUAAAAAGACUUAUAAUCCAUUAGAAGAAUCAGGUAAUAUGAUUCAAUGUUAUUUUGGAUUUGUUUGUGGUGAAGAAUGGUAUCAUGAAGAAUGUAUUUUAGGGUAUAAGGCAGGAACUUUUAAAUCCCAGACAUCAAAAAAUCAUGGAAUUAAUAUAUUAGAUAAAUUACCUCCACCAGCAGAAGAUGCAGAAACAGAGCAAUCAUUUACUGAAGAUAAUUCAAGUGAUGAUGUUAAAGUUCCAUAUUUCCCUAAUCUUGAAACAUUUGAUCUGUUUAUAUGUUGGAAAUGUGUAUCUAAGUUCGAUUCAGUAUUCAAAGAGUUGGUUACUGAUAAAGAUAUAGUAAUAGCUAUACGUCCUCAUUUCGAUCAUAUACUUAAUGUAGAUGAAUGGAAGAGAAAGUAUCAACAAUUCGAACUUGAACAUUCUAAACAGGAUAAUGAAACUUCUAGUAAGAGAAUUAAAUUAGAAGAUAAAGUUGAACAUCAUACUCGAGAAGAUAUUCCUUAUUCAGUAUUUUUAAAUUUUGAAUUUCGAACUAAAUUAAACCAAUUAAUGGAAAUCCUUAAUCCAGAUACUAAAGUAUAUCAAUUUUUAAUUAAUAAUGAUUAUUUAUAUAAGGAUGAUCCCGUAUAUGAACCUCCAGAAGAAGUUAGUGAUGAUGAAGGUUCAUCUACUACUGGUUCAUUAUUAGAUUUAGGUUCAGAAGCAUUACUGUCAUUACCUCGAGAACAAGCAAUUGAAGGAUUACAAGCUUAUGAUAAAAUUCGAUCUAAAUUAAGAGAUUUCUUUAAACCAUUUGCCGAACAAGGUAAAAUAGUUACCGAAGAAGAAGUUCGAGAUUUUUUUGCAAAAGUUAAAGAAGAAUAAGAAAUAAUAAAUAAGAAUCAUUAAGUAAGUAAUUUAUUAUCAA